GGCCGCGCUCUCGGAGGAGCACCGCGCCUGCCCCGAAGGUCUGCGGCUUCGCGGGCGCCCCGGAGCGCUGGCCAUGAGGGCUCUGUGGAUGGCGCUGUGCGCGCUGGCGCGGCUGUGGCCCGGGGCCCUGGCCGGCUGCGCCGAGGCGGGGCGCUGCUGCCCGGGCCGGGACCCCGCCUGCUUCGCCCGCGGCUGGAGGCUGGACAGGGUCUACGGGACGUGCUUCUGCGACCAAGCCUGCCGCCUCACCGGGGAUUGCUGCUUCGACUACUCCAGGGCGUGCCCAGCUCGCCCGUGCAUCGUGGGGGAGUGGAGCCCCUGGAGUGGCUGCGCCGACCAGUGCAAGCCCACGGCCCGCGUGCGCAGGCGCUCGGUGCAGCAGGAGCCCCUGAACGGAGGGGCGCCCUGCCCGCCCCUGGAGGAGAGAGCCGGCUGCCUGGAGUACUGGACGCCCCAGGGCCAGGACUGCGGCCACUCCUUCGUCCCUGCCUUUAUAACUACCUCUGCGUUCAACAAGGAGAGAACCAGACAAGCCGCAUCUCCACGGUGGUCUACAGACACAGAGGAUGCCGGCUACUGUAUGGAGUUCAAGACAGAAUCAUUGACUCCUCACUGUGCUAUGGAAAACCGACCUCUGACUCGAUGGAUGCAGUAUCUCCGAGAGGGGUACACCGUGUGUGUAGAUUGUCAGCCUCCAGCUAUGAACUCUGUGAGCCUUCGUUGUUCUGGAGAUGGCCUGGACUCUGAUGGAAAUCAAACUCUUCAUUGGCAAGCAAUUGGCAAUCCUCGAUGUCAAGGAACUUGGAAGAAAGUUCGGCGAGUAGACCAGUGUUCUUGUCCGGCUGUUCAUAGUUUUAUUUUUAUAUAGGUUGCAAUAUAAAUAUUUUAAAAUGUGUUUGUAGACAUGAUAAAUAUUAGCAAGUCAGGUUCAGUGCUUCAUAAACCUUCGAAAACUGGCCAAAGUCCCUGAACACACGUCAUUGAUGUACUCUAAAGUAGAGAAAGAAAAUUUAGGGGCCAGUUCUCAAGAAACACAGUACUUUUUUAUUUUUACUAAGUUGAGGACCCACCCUAAAGACUCCCGUGGUUUUAUGUCCUUAACCCUCCACCUGGAGUCCUCCCAUUCAACAGGUGGCCCAUGCCACACAGAAUACAUGUCUGUUUGCACUAAAAUUACUACAUUUUAGUGGUCCAUUUAUUGGUAAGUUGUCAUUUAAGAGUAUCCACACUUUGAGUCUUGCAUUCCUUCUUUCUAUCCCAUAAUCUCUUAAAAACUUCUUACUUUAAAAAAUGUAUACUCUCACACAUACAUUUUCCAUAUGUUAUUCCAUAAAUUAUGAAAUAAUAAUUUCAAGCAAAUUGUCACAAAUAAUUUUCCACAGGACAAGCUGUUUAAGAUUUAGUAAGAAUUUUGUAAUGAAAAACCAACAGCUAUGCUAAAAAUACCUUUUUGAAGAAGAAGAAAUUUCUUCAAGUGAAAUGAUUCAUCAAAUGUUCAUUCUAGGUCAGUACAAGUUCCUUUAAAUAUUAUAAUUUUCAUGAAGUGAAAUUUUGGCAUGAAGGAAUGAAACAAUUGCUUUAAUUAUGAAAAUUCUACCAUCAUUGGCAUCUUAAGAUUAUUUCCAAGGCUUGAAGCCUGAAGCUGACUAAAAUAAUCUCCCAGAGUCCAACUUCAAGUUUAGGUGAAGUAAACUUUACUACUUUUUUUCUACAUCAUACAUUUUUUUAUGUUUGGAGUAAUAGGCAGAGGUAUUGAUUAUAGAAGGCAUGGAUUUUAUUACAAAUGUUACAAUCUCACACACACAGAGAAUUAUUAGUCUCCUUCUUGUAUGAUUGGAAAAUCAGAGAACCAGAGACAAAGUGGCUUAUUUAGGGAUCUGGAUGACAGAUCAUUCUACGAGUCAGCCUGAGCCCAGUCUCAGCUCCUCAUCCAGGGCUCAGCUCUGAUAAAAGCCUGACUGUGCCAAAGACUGUGCCGUAAAAGCUAAGCCCUCUUCAUUU